AUGUCUGGCCUCGAAGGCAUCGCGGGCCUGAGCCUCGCCUGCAACGUCAUGCAGCUCAUCAGCUUUGGUCACGAGGCCAUCUCGAUCUGUCGACGUAUCCACGAGAGCGGGUCCCCAGAGCCUGGUCUUUCAGAACACGCCGAGAAUCUGAAAGCCGUGUGCGAUGGAUUGGAAACUUCCUUGGGCAAACGGCCGACGCCCGUUGCUACUGCUGCUCCCACUGCCGCUGCCACUAGAGCACCGACAAUGGAGAAGCGACUUCUCGACCUUGCCGCCAAGUGUGUCAAGAAUGCCAGAGAUUUGGAGGAGGAAAUGAAGUUUUUGUCUCCUAGUCAGCCAGGCAAACUUAGAGCGCUGGUCGCUGCGCCAAAGAUACUGUGGCGGAAGAGGAGACUUGAGAGACUCAAGGGGAAUCUGGAUGACGCACAAAAAGUCAUGGACACGUCGAUUCUCGAGCGUCUGUUCGCCAGAGCAGAGAGUCUCUACAAAAUGAACGAGAAAGGUUUCCUGGAUCUGAGUCAGGAGCUCAAACAAUUCAUUGCAGACCAUGCGGCUUCGAAUAGCAUCCUUCGAAAUGCCAUUGAGACACAAACGAAGGGAAUUCAAGACCACGUCACCAUGGAAUCCUCGAAGACGCAGAAUGAAAUCAAGUCACACGUGUCCCUCAAGCUUUCUAGUCAUGAGAUUUCUAUCAAGAAUCAUGUUUUAUCAUCUGUCCAGGAUGUCCAGGAUACUUUUUCACAGAGGAUGACGUCCAGAGAGGACUCAAAGGCCAAAGAGCAGGCCUAUCAGCAGCUUUUGAAAAGUCUAAAGUAUCCUAGAAUGAAUGAACGAAGAAAUCAGGUUUCGGAAUCGCAUCCAAGAACCUUUCGAUGGAUCUUCAGCGAUUCGAUGUAUCUCAGCGACACAGAGUCGGAUUAUUCUACGGAAGGCAACUCUAGCGCAUACAGCGAUGAGCCCGUCAACGUCGAAACGUCUAGCAUCAGGUCAGACGAGCCACCUGAGUUAGAGGACGCCUCUGGCAGUACCAGCUAUGUCCUUGAGCCGAUCGUGCUUCGUAAAUGGGAUAGCUUCGUGGACUGGCUGAAAGAUGGCACACAGAAGAUAUACUGGAUCAGUGGCAAACCCGGUUCAGGAAAAAGCACACUCAUGAAGUAUAUCGAAGAGAACAGCAAUACUAUGGAGUACUGCGAUUCAGAAAUCCGUUGUAUUUCUCACUAUCUGUGGAAACCUGGUACUCUUAUGCAGCAAAGUAUCAAAGGCGUGCUCUGCUCUUUGCUUCAUCAAAUCCUGGACCUUAGGAAGAGCCAUGCAAUGCAAGUCUUGGGAAGACAGCCGAAUCUAUCAACGAAGGAUGCAGACACAGACUGGACUGCAAAAGAACUUGAGAAAACCCUUCUGGAUUUUAUACGAGAGUCAACCUGCAAAUACGUGGUGCUUCUGGAUGGCUUGGAUGAAGUUGCUGAUACAUCGGACGAUGGAGUUGACCGACUUCUGGACCUAAUUGAUGAGCUUGUCUCCACAAAUCAAGUCAAAGUCUGUGUUUCCAGCCGCCCUGAGCCAGCCUUGAAGCGCUUCCUUGAGAAGUAUCCGAUGCUCAAGAUCCAGGAUCUAACCAGUCGAGAUAUUCACUUGCUUACGCGAGAACGCCUUGAGGCUAUGGGAAUUGACCUCGAAUAUGGUGGGACGGAUGAUUUAUCCGAACUUAUCUGUGAAAAAGCUGAAGGGGUCUUUGUCUGGGUCGUUCUUGUCUUGAAUAGUCUCAAACGAGGUCUCGACAACUACGAUGAUGUGGACACUCUUUACAGUCGUGUGGAGUCCCUGCCCAAGGACCUGACGAAACUGUAUAAGGAGAUGUGGUCCCGAAUGAAGGAAGACAGCGACCUCUAUCGAAGAAAAACAGUACUUCUUUUUUAUAUGGCCAUGGAGUUCAAGACACACCGUCAUCGUGUUCGUAUCUGGGAACCUAACGCCAACCUUCUUGGUCUUGCCAUUUCUACAGACGACGAGAUGCUGAAGUCCUUCAUGAACGUAUAUCACAACCACUGA